AAUUAAAUUUGUCGAGAGAAAAAGAUACCUAUUUUAGAGCGACGCCCCCACCCAAGCACUUUUGCUCUUCUAUCUCUAUCUCUUUCUCACUUGCUCUCACUUCACACUUUUCUUUCAAUACGAAAUUUCGAAUGUUAGGUUAAGUGGUUAUACGGCACUUUUUAUCCUGCUUGGAAAUGCUAGGAAGUCGUCCAGUUUCUUUAAGAUUUAUAAGAAAUUUAGUGUUUCGACAAGAGUAAUUUAUUCAAAUUACAUUGAGUACAGUAGUUAUUGAAUUUACGUGAGAUGGAAUUAAAGUUGUCUUCGUGGAAAAUGGCGCGUUCGAAACAGUAAUGGCGCUAAUGUUCCUUCACUUACGAAAGUUGUUUUAAUAAAAAACCCACAAUGUCAGCAAGUAAAAAUCAAAGCAGCCGAACCGUUGUGGAGCCAGUGGCUCUUACCUCUCAAAAUAUGUCUGAUACAGAAUUGAGUUCUUUAACUUUAUCUCACACUGGGGAACAGUACGUUUCAAGUGAUUAUGAGACACUUACAAAUAUUGAAGCUGAAUUAGAGUGUAUGAAUGCAGAAGAAGUUAUGGCCACUGAAGAAACUCAUACAGUUAUCGAGGAAAUGACUGAGAGUGAAACUAUUUUGCCAGAUGUUGAAAUGACUGAAGUACCAACAGAAGUACAGACUGAACAGAUUAUCUAUACAACUGCUGCUUCGGCCACCCAAAAUAUGAUACUUCAAACAAAACCAACGUUACAGAAGGUAUCUCCGACAACGACAGUUCCAAUAAAACCAAAUGUUACUCAGUCAGCUCAGCAAAGUCAGUCAAUAAUGAUUGUAUCUCCAGCAUCAGGUCAGGGUGCAAGUCAAAUUUUGAAAAUUUCUCAUCCAGCGUCAGCUUCUCCCAAUCAGCUGCAAACAUUAGCGCAGAGUAUAAUAGCUGGCAAGUCUCCAGAUGGUAGUAUAGUACAAAUAAGGUCAACACCUACUGGAGCCAAGGCUAUUGCUGCUAAAGGUAGUGGAAACACUUCCCAAGUCAAUAAAGCAAUUCAAGCUAAACGAAGUGCUUCAAAUGCUCAACAAAAUAGGAGUGUAUAUACUACAAAAAUGAUCCUUGCAAAUACCCAGCCUCAGAGUAGUCAGCAAGUCUUAAUUGCAUCUCCGACGGAAGGUCAACAAGGACAAACAAUUAAGUUCAUACAAACUAAUACAUCAAAUUACAAUGUAAAUAGUCCAACAAAAACUAUUACUUUUGCUCAAGCGCAACAAAUGGGUCUUUUACCUACAAAUAAGGUUCAACAUAUUUUGCCAUCAACAGCUCAAAAACAAACAACUGGAUUGAUUGUUAACAAAUUAGUACAAUCUACUUCUGCUCAACCGGCUAAAUUGACAAUAGUUCCCAGUAGUUCGGUGAAAUCGCCAACAAAAAUCUUACCAGCUCCAUCUACAUCUGCUCAAUCAAAAGUUGUAAACGUACAAACUGCAACUGUGAAUAAAUCUGGACAGUCAAGUACACAGAAAGUUAUCAUAAGACAGAGUGCAAUGAAAGCUGGAGCAAAUAGUAAUCCAAUUAUAAGGAUACCAGCUAAUCAAGCUGGUCAAGUUCAUCAAAUCCAAGUACCUGGGCGACAAGUCCAGUACGUUCGUCUCGUAAGUACACCAUCAACAACAACCAACAAUGUUGUAACUGUUGGAAAAACGAAAACACCUACAACUCUUCAAACCGUUGGGGUAACUCAAAAAAUUGGUGGACAGCAGAUUGUUAAAGUCGUUCCUUUAAAUACUGGGAGUCAAACAUUGAGAACUGUAGCACCUAAAACAUCAAUAGCAAGUAGCAGUCAAAGAAUAAUUAUUCCAGCUUCCACUAAUGUAGGAGGUCAGUCAAAAAAUACUGUAACAAUUCCUGCUUCAGCGCUCAGUCAACUUACAUCAGGCCAAGCAGUCAUAUCUGCUAAUUCCAAUAUCGUUGUUCUCCCUGCACAGUAUCUCCAACAGGGGGAUGAACCAGCAAAGCCUAAACCACAAUCGUUAACCCCAACUUUAUUAAAUACUUCACAAAGCUCGCAAAGUUCUAUUGGAAACACGUCAACUCCUUCUUUGUCAGAUUUAAAGACAUCUAGAUCAUUUAAUAAUGCAGACGCUAAUGGCAUUAGACCGCGAAAACCAUGUAAUUGUACGAAAUCGCAAUGUUUGAAAUUAUACUGCGAUUGUUUCGCCAAUGGAGAAUUCUGUCAUAUGUGCAAUUGCAACAACUGUUCCAAUAACCUUGGAAACGAGGAAGAACGACAAAGGGCGAUCAAAUCCUGUUUGGAACGAAAUCCUAAUGCUUUUCGUCCGAAAAUCGGUAAAGCUCGGGAGACUGGAGAUGACAUUAGGCGACAUAACAAAGGUUGCAACUGUAAACGCAGCGGCUGCUUGAAAAACUAUUGCGAGUGCUAUGAGGCUAAAAUUCCGUGUUCUGAGAACUGCAAGUGCAUUGGUUGUCGGAACGUAGAAGAGCCUACAGUCCAUAAACAAUCGCUAAAAGACUUGGUAGAAGCUGUAGAAGUUAGAUCAGCACAGUUGACCUUAAACAAGACAAAAUCGUUACAAAUGUCAGAUCCAACUUUCAGACCUCCUGCUGCCUCCAAUAGUGGUGCAAGACAACCAUUCAACUUUUUGACUGAUAAAGUAGUUGAGAUGACAUGCCAAUGUUUGAUGGCACAGGCAGAAGAAUCUGAACGAAACAUGAUUGACGACGAGACGUCACAAAAAUUGAUAAUUGAAGAAUUUGGGCGAUGUCUGAAGGAAAUUAUCGAAUCGGCGCAUAAAGCAGAAUCGACGUAGCAGGGAUAUCAUAAUAGUGAUAUUUCCUUUUUGCAAUGUUCAUCAUAGAUGAUUGUAAUUUUUACUAUUGAAACAUUUAACAGAAGAAACGAUAGAUUUAUAAUUCAUUCUAUUGAUGCCAAAGACAGUAGGUUGAAUUAAUCAAUUAAAAAAUUGAAAUGCUGUGUUUGGUGAUCUUUAAUGUUGUACAGUGCGACAUUUUACUGGCUUCUUAGUAUAGCUUCCUUCGUGGCUUUUUCUAUUUAUACAUUUUUAAGCUGUACAUUUCAAAGUAUUUUUUAAAUAAUUCAUUUAAAUAAUUAUUUUUAUUAUAUUUUUAACAGAUUCAGUGAGGAAUUACAAAUUUGCAUCUUGUUAAAAAAAUAACUGUAAAAAAGUAAAACAGUUUUUUAUUUUUGAACAAGACAUUUUAUAUUUAUUAAGAGAGUUAACGAUAUUCUUUGAACUGAAUCUAUUAGAAAAAAUAGAGAAUAAUUCUCAAUUGUAUAAAUAUUUUGAUUAAGAGCCUUCUACUUGUAUAUAUAAUACACUAAGAUAGAGAAAAUUUGCUUCCUUGAUUUUGUUAUGAGAAAGUAUAACAUUUUAUAGGUAUAUAAUUCAAUAAUUUCGUAUUUUAUAAUUGAAUUAAUUCAAUUGUAGCUCAUUUGAUGAAGCCGAUCAUUUUUUUAAAUUCGCUCUUUAUAAUAAAAUUAACCUGUCACUCGCUAAACAAAUGAAAGUCAAUACUUACGAUGACAAGUGAAUUGUAAAAAAAUUAUCUUUAAAAUAAAAAGUUUAACCAAACGAACUACGAUUGAAUCAAUGCAAUUUGUACAAUACUAAAUUAUCAAAUAAUACAUUGUUUCCACGUAAUUAUACAUGCUAAACAGGAAAGACAAAUUUUCUAUAACCUGGAGUGCUAUAUAUACAUGUACUUUAAAAGGAAAAUUAAACUUUGAACUUUACUAAAAUUACGUUAAGUCAAACUAUGACCGAAAAUCAACUGAAAUAAUAAAUAAUACAAAAAAUUUUUUAAAUUGUUGAUAGCUGUGAUAUGCUAUAAAUUGAUUAAUUCCCUUUGAAAUUAGGUAUAAAAAAACAGACAAAAGUUUAAUUUUCUCAACAGAGCAUAUGUAUAUUGAUAUUUAGUGUUAUGCAAUAAAAUAUUCACACUAAAAGUGUACUAGAUAGUCGAAUGAAGAAGUUAAAUACUUACAAGAUAAAAAAAAUGUAAUUUCAAACUGAAUUUGUACUGCUAUAAAAUUCGACUGGUCAGACUUGAUUAAUCAUUAAUGUUCAUCUACUUUCUGCAAAUAAUUUAAAUUUGUUUGAAAUUAUGUAUGAUCAAAUCACCAAUUACUAAUAUAUUUUAACAAGUAUUAAAUAGAAAACAUUGAUGUACAAUGCAUAUGCAUAGAUACUUGUAUAAAAGAACUAUAAUGGAUUAUAAAAUAUAAAUUAAAGUUUUUAUAUUGAAAUCAGUAAAUUUAUAUGUUGUUUGAAGAUUCAGAUAUGUAUAUUGAAUAUCGUAAAGACAUAUAAGUACAGCGAUAGUGGCUGCUAGCAUAAUUAAUUAGAGAACUGUUGCAAAUAUAAUGCACACCAUUUUUAAUUACGUACACUGAAUAAUAAUUAAUACCAUCUAUGUAAAAGCUAUAGAAUAUGAAAUCAAUAUAUUGCAUA